AUGGGGUCAACACCGCCUCGCAGCCCUGCUGACGCUUGGGGUCCAACAGACCGGUGGAUAUGUGUACUCCUCGUCCUGCUGCUCCUGUGCGUACCGGCCCGGGUGGCUUCAGAGUCUGAAGAGCAGGCGGUGCUAUCGGACUGGAACAUAUGGAAGAUGAUCCACGCCAUCUCCUAUGACGAAAAUCAGGACGACAUUGAGAGGAGAGUGAUUUGGGAGUAUAACUCCAGGCUGAUUGAAGAGAAUAAUCAGGAGUAUUUCAUGGGGGCUAAGCCAUUCUCUAUGUCUAUGAAUAAAUAUGGAGAUCUGACGAAACACGAAUACCACGUGCUGCAGGGGGCCAUGAUAAACCCCCACUUUGCCAAGAGAGGAAAGACUACGUCGCCACGAAAGCUACGUCAAAAUGCCCUUAGGUUGGGGGUAGUGGGCAUCGACUACCGGGCUAUGGGCUACGUCACCGAAGUAAAGGAUCAGGGCUACUGUGGUUCCUGCUGGGCGUUCAGCACGACCGGAGCCAUUGAGGCCCAGGUGUAUAAGCAUACAGGUCAGCUGGUGUCCCUGAGUGAGCAGAACCUGGUGGACUGCUCCAGGCCGUACGGUACCUAUGGCUGCGGAGGUGCCUGGAUGGCCAACGCCUAUGACUAUGUGAUCAGCAAUGGGCUGCAGUCUACAGACACGUAUCCUUACACAUCCGUGGACACCCAGCCUUGUUUCUAUGAAAGUGGCCUUUCAGUUGCUCAUGUCAGAGACUACAGGUUCAUACCCAAGGGAGAUGAGCAGGCCCUGGCCGACGCCGUGUCGACCAUUGGACCAAUCACGGUGGCUAUAGAUGCUGAUCAUUCCAGCUUCAUGUUUUACAGCUCUGGAAUAUACGAGGAGCCGGCCUGUAACUCAAACAACCUAAGCCAUGCGGUCCUGCUUGUGGGCUUUGGCUCGGAUGGAGGCCAAGACUAUUGGAUCAUUAAGAACAGUUGGGGGUCCAGCUGGGGCGAGGGCGGCUUCAUGAGAAUGGCCCGAGAUGGGAGCAACACCUGUGGUAUCGCGAGCUACGCCCUCUACCCCCUACUGUGAGUUCAUUGGGACCAAUGAGAUGAGAGAAAGAACUAAACUAAACUGAAUCGACCUUAUCUGUACUUUCCCUUUUUUUUCUUUGAACUGCAUUUAUUUUGGUCUCAUUUGUUGUUUUACGAUUGUAGUACAUCUUAAAAGACAGCAUUCAUCAAAUCCUAAGCAGCCUCAUACCAUGCUGUUAUCUGGGUGUAGGCCACACUUAAUAUUAUUUGUAUAUCAUUUGAAUACACAAAUUAAAACUUGGACUCAAACAUGAAAAAGUUAAGCAGUUUAAUUUAUUCUUUGCCCCUUCUGAAGCACAAAUAGACACGGUACACGGAAACAUUAAAAAACUAGAGCUUCCACACAACUAAUGAGACUAACAUGAAGUAAUAUUAAGUCUUGGGAUCCAGGCCUACAAAUAUCACAGCACUUACGAAUAAAACAAAUUCGGGCAGACAAGAUCCACAGAGCUGGGCCCCGGCUCUGUGAAUCCAUUGUGGAUCACACCUUGUUAUUAAUAAUAAUACAAAUAUUAAAUUGAAUCAAGCUAGUCCAUAACAUGUAAAGUAUAACCCCCUACAAGAUACAUGUUUAACUAUUUUUAGGUUUUGUUGAAAGAAGGCCAAGUUACCUAAAAGUGCAACAAUGUUAAAAUAUUACAAUCUAUCUGGCUCACAUCUCUUGCAAUUGAUUUCCCAGGAUGUUCUGUUGAGCUUCUAAAAAAAGGGCCAUAAAAUGUGUGUUAAAGCUGACGCAUGACUUUUCUUGACAAAAUAAAAAAUGUAUCCUUUAGAAUGAAUAAGAAAGGGCAAUGUUAAUGUAAAUGUAAUAAUUACGCAAGAACAAAAAAAUUAAGUUAUGUGUAUAUCUGUGAUUUUUUUUUACUGUACACAAACCUUGCAAUGGGUGGCAAUAUUUUGAUACUCUUUAAUUCAUUGCUGUCUGUAUACUGACAAAAUAAAACUGAUUAUUGUAUUAAUGUGUCUUUU